AUGCUGCGCUACACGCCCUCACUCACCCGCGGCAUCGGGCAGCGCCUCAGCAGCAGCGGCCUCUGCUUCGAGUUUACCGACGAACAAAAGGAGCUGCAGGCGACCGCCAAGAAGUUUGCCCAGGACGUCAUCAUCCCGGUGGCUGCUAAAUAUGACCAGACGAUGGAAUACCCCUGGGAUAUCCUCAAGAAGGCCCACGCCCUUGGUUUUGUCAACGGCACAAUCCCGCAGGACGUCGGCGGACUCGGGCUGUCCUCGGUGGCCUCCUCGCUUCUGGUGGAGUCGUUGGCGUAUGGAUGCACGGGUAUCACCACGGCUAUCCUGACCAACGAGCUGGCCGAGACGCCGCUGAUCAUCGCUGCCAAUGACGACAUCAAGAAGCGCUUCCUGGGCCGCAUGAUUGAGGAGCCCCUGGUUGCGUCCUACGGAGUGACCGAGCCGGGUGGUGGAUCGGAUGUGGCCGGGAUCAAGACAAAAUGCGAGAAGAAAGGCGAUGAAUACAUCAUCAACGGCAGCAAGAUGUGGAUUACCAACGCCGGACACGCCAAUUGGUUCUUCGUGUUGGCCCGCUCGGAUCCGAACCCGAAGACUCCGGCAAGCAAGGCCUUCACCGCAUUUGCCGUAGAGGGAGACACCCCUGGCAUCAUCCGUGGAAAGAAAGAGAUCAACAUGGGCCAGCGGUGCUCGGAUACUCGUGGGGUGACCUUUGAGGAUGUUCGCGUCCCUGCUGCAAAUAUCGUCGGUGAGCCCGGGAAAGGAUUUUUGGUAGCGAUGAAAACAUUCGACAAGACCCGGCCGAUGGUGGCUGCGAUGGCUUGCGGACUGGCGCAUCGCUGUCUCGAUGAAGCGGCCCGCUACUCGCUGGAACGUAAGGCGUUCGGCACGCAAAUUGCCAACUUCCAGGCUGUGAAUUUCAUGAUCGCCGACAUGGCCAUCCACCUCGAGCUGUCCAAGUUGAUGACAUACCGUAGCGCUUAUGAGGUGGACCUUGAGCGUCCGGGUGCCUACUACGCCUCCAUUGCCAAGGCCUUUGCCGCCGACACGCUGAACAAGACGGCUGCUGAUGCCGUACAGGUUUUCGGUGGCGCUGGUUUCAACACAGAGUACCCAGUCGAGAAGCUGAUGCGCGACGCGAAGAUCUUCCAAAUCUACGAGGGCACCUCGCAGAUCCAGCGCCUGGUCAUCGGCCGCCAGCUAUUGGCUCGAGUCAAGGAACAAGGCUUCUAC